AUGGAAUCAAAUGUUGCUCAGACGGGGACACCAUCAUCAUAUACGGCUCGUCAGCAAAUGUCAAUCACUCCUGGUGGCGCUAAGUAUUGGAUACCACAGUGUGAUGAUCCCCUUAAACCUUAUAAGGGGCAAAAAUUCCGAACACUGGAUGAUGCAAUAACCUUCUACAAGACAUACGCGUAUGCUGUUGGUUUUGAUAGCACCUUGAUCAAGGCACGUGAUAAUAAGACCAUACUUUGGAGGUAUCUGAUUACACUAUCGAGGUACGAGCAUGUCUUACAUAUUUCACUGAUCGACGUAUCUAAUUACAUGCAGACAAUGGGAGUCAAUGAGGGCGGAUGA